CAACCUGUUCAUUGAAACCCACAUCAGUCACAACACUGUGCAAUCAUCAUAAAGAUCGAUGGCGUCGAGACGGCAAUUCAAGGAGGAGAGAGCGGAGGCAGCGGCCAAACUGGCAGCGAAAGACAUCGGCGAUAUCAACAGAGCAAACGAGCGCGACGAGGGGUACGACUUGCGGAACGAAGCCAACUUCAAGCAAGCACGAGCGGAGGCAGCUGCAAAGCUCGCCGCGAAGGAUCUGGAGGACGCUAACAGAUUAAGGGACAGCACUCUAAUCAACACUACAUGUCAUGAUCACGAUGAGAACAAACCCAGUUUGAUAGGGUCCAUGUUAAGAGCCGCCAAGGAAGCCGUGGUUGGCAAGCCUCACCACGACGAAGUUGACAACAGCUCAGGGUUUUAUGAGAAGGCCAAGGAAACAAAGGUCGACGCGGCUGGGUCCAAGAUGGGUGAAUACGCAGAUUAUGCCACACAGAAGGCGAGGGAAACGAAGCAGAAGGCAAAAGAAGCAAAAGACUAUGCUGCGGAUAAGGCUAAGGAUGCUAAAGAUACAACAGUGCAAACCGCUGCUAAAAGGGCUAUCGGUUUCUUCUCGGGGGGCAACAAAGACCAAACAAAGGAGGAGGAGGAAACGAGUCGGAGAAUGCAGGAGGUGAGGGUGCAAGAUAAGGAAUACGGAACGGGACGGGGUGGAGAGAAGUUGGUGAUAAAAAUGGAAGAGUCGAGGCCAGGAGCGGUGGCGGAUGCGCUCAAAGCAGCCAAUAAGGCCAUGGACGGCGUUAUGGAGGAAGAAGGCGUGCUUCAUGUGGAGCGUCGUAGAGAGAAAAUUUGAUUCUGAUUGUGAUCAUCAUCGUGCAAUUUAUGUGCUGGUACUACUAAGAUGCAUGGGGAUCGAUCUUGUGUUCUGUAGUAAUAAUAAUGUAUUUGUUACCUUUACUACUUAAUGGAUCCUCUUUAAUUAGCUUUCAUCCUCCUAAAACUCUUCUCAUCUUUCAUUUUAAGAAUGUGUACUUCUUGGUUUUGAGA